GGCUACGGUAAUACCUAAUGCACAGAGGGGCGCGAUGCGUGUGUAACCUAGUGCAAACCUUUCUUAAAAACGCCCCUCACUCAGUACGGGGGACUGCUGCCGGUCGCUCACAGCCUGUCAGUGCUGAACAGGACACCAAGGACUGCACUUCUAAGUGGACUUCGUUCCUAGGAUCUAUACCUGAAAAGGAUUUCCUGUCUUAACAGGGCGAAUAACGAUCGAAAUCGGGGCGCGGAUAUGCUGGACUCAGCAGAAUAAUUUAUAAUCACUGCCACUUUUUAGAAUGACUGUCCUGACACAUUGUGGAAAAAGGCUCUUCAGUCCGUUCGCCUGGAUCGGCUAAUUUGUUGCUCGAAAGUACAUUUCUGAGUUGGAUAUCGCUCGCUUAGAUGCUACUUAAUUGUGUGAUAACAUCAUCGGAGGAACUAAACGCAAAGCAACUGCGGUCAGCGGUGCCAUUGAGUGUUUCUUGUGCACCAGAAGUGCUGAGAUACUGGCUUGUUAUCGAGUGUCUUCACUACAGGCAAUCAGACGAGAUGCAAAUCGUUUUAUUUGUAACCAGCUAAAAUAAUCUACUCGAUUGCCAGAUAACGAAGAGGAAAUGACAAUCUGAAGAAAAGCGGUCAAUGGAUAUCCUCCACAAAGAGCUUGAUUGUUUAUUUUAGUGGCUGUUCCAACACCCAGAUGCUGCUUGGGUAGUCAGCCAUUCUCCCUGCUCACCUGCACCGUGGCCACAUGUUGUUGUCCAUGUCAGCCAUUCUUUGAUAGGCCAACACCACCAUCACAGUAUUCAUGAGGAUCACUACCCUGCCAGACCACACCAGAUAGAGUUUCCCAGAACGCCAGAGGGAGGAUGGAACGGAUGAUCUUCUCCCUGCUGGUUCUGGCCGUCUCCACCAGGGGGCAGCUAUGCCCCAAACGCUGCAUGUGCCAGAACCUGUCCCCCUCGCUGGCCAUCCUCUGUGCCAAGACGGGCCUGCUCUUCGUGCCCACUGUCAUCGACCGGCGCACUGUAGAGCUGAGGCUCACUGAGAACUUCAUCACGGCCAUAAGGAGAAGGGACUUUGCUAAUAUGACUAGUUUGAUCCAUCUGACUUUGUCGCGCAACACAAUUAGCCAGAUCAUGCCUUACACAUUCGAGGACCUGAAGCGGCUGCGGGCGCUACACCUGGACAGCAACCGGCUGACGGUGAUCAGGGACGACCACUUCCGGGGACUCACUAACCUGAGGCAUCUGAUAUUGGCCAACAACCAGCUGCACGACAUCUCUCCCCAUGCCUUCGACGACUUCACCAGCACCCUGGAGGAUCUGGAUCUUUCCUACAACAACCUGGUGGACAUCCCUUGGGAGACGAUAGGUCGUCUGACCAACGUCAACACCCUCAACAUGGACCACAACCUCAUAGAGCAUGUGCCCCAGGGGAUCUUCACCAACCUUCACAAGCUGGCACGUCUGGACAUGACGUCCAAUAAGCUGAAGAAGAUUCCCCCCGAUCCGUUGUUUCUACGCAUACCGGUCUAUGCUAAGGCCAAAGGAUCUCCUCAAUCCUCGUUGGUAAUGAGUUUUGGUGGGAACCCACUCCACUGCAACUGUGAGCUUCUGUGGCUUAGAAGGCUGACCAGAGAAGACGACCUGGAGACCUGCGCCUCUCCUCCAGACCUUACAGCCAAGUACUUCUGGACCAUCCCCGAGGAGGAGUUCAUCUGUGACCCUCCAGUUAUGACCAGGAAGUCUGCCAAGACCUUCACAAUGGAGGGCCAGCCCACCAGUUUGAAGUGCAAGGCCAAUGGAGAUCCAGACCCAGAGAUCCACUGGAUCUCCCCUGAAGGCCGUCUGAUCUCGAACACGUCAAGAACAAUCACCUUCAGCAAUGGCAGCCUGGACAUCAACAUCACCUCCCUGAAGGACUCUGGAACCUUCACCUGCAUUGCCUCCAAUGCGGCGGGAGAGUCCACAGGCCAAGUGGAGCUGGUGGUCAACCCUCUCCCCCAUGGCGGUCAACCCUCUCUGGCCAACAGCACCAACCGGCUACGAGAGCCCGAUCCCGGCCCAUCGGACAUCCUCACCUCAGCCAAGUCCACCACAGCCACUGGAAAUGACACGCGCAGAAAUCAGGAUGGGAGGGUAGUAAUGGCAGAGCUGACAUCUAGUUCAGUGCUGAUCAAAUGGCCUUCUCAGAACCACGUCCCUGGGAUUAGGAUGUACCAGGUCCAGUACAACAGCUCCCUGGAUGACACACUCAUCUACAGAAUGAUCCCGUCCACCAGUCAAGACUUCUUGGUUCGUGACCUUGUGUCGGGGCGCGAGUACGACCUGUGUGUGCUGGCCGUGUACGACGACGGCCUGACGGCGCUGACGGCCACGCGUCAGGUGGGCUGCGUCCAGUUCACCACGGAGACAGAGUACAGCCAGUGCCAGGCGCUGCACAGCCAGUUCUUGGGCGGCACCAUGAUCAUCAUCAUCGGUGGCAUAAUCGUGGCAUCCGUGCUCGUCUUCAUCAUCAUCCUGAUGAUCCGUUACAAGGUGUACAGCCACCAAGGCACCGACAUAGGCAAGGUUGGCAGCCUGGCCAACGUCCGUUCCCAGACCAAUGGAGGACAGGCGGGGGGACAGGUGUCCCGGUCUGGGUCAAAGGUUACAGAGAACCAGGAUGAGCAGCAGGCCCAUGCCUUUGCUGGCGUGGCAGUGGGACCUGGAACAGGGCUUGUAGGAGGGGGUGUGAGUGGCGCAGCGUCGCCCAGUGCCACCCUAAAGGACUCCAACACCAUGGCGCUGGUGGUUGACUGUGAGAGGGCAAUGCAGAUGUCAGACAUGACUGCAGAGGAGCUGUCGCCAGGUAAGAGGCGUCACUCCAGGACUGCCAUUGAGAUGAAGAGGAGAUCGUCGCUCACGCCCAAAGAGGCCGCCCCCGUGGAUGUUGGGGGAAACACACCAGGGCCCGCCGACGACAAGAGAGCUCAUCGAGACUGGAGCGACUUUAAAAUUUGAUGACUCCUUCUGGUUCUGGGCGAGAAGCAGCCGUCAACCUCCAAGAUUAACGAUUAUUAUAGGAUUCCAGGAAUCAAGGCUGUUUGGAUUAUAAAUCAGGAACAUUUUUUGGACUUGUGCCGGACUUCUUCCUUGUCCCCAGAGUUGUCACUUCUCACACUGUAUCCAUAGAAACCCAAGGGAAACUCACCUGGAUGGAUUUGAAAAGAAAUCACUUCACCAUCAUAAUCUAUGGGAAUGGAGCUAAAUUGUCCAACAGCCUCCCAAGUGGCUUUUGGGACAUAUUGCCUUGUAUCCCUGUGUGGCUCUGACUGUCUGUAUAUCCUCUGCCAUGAUCACAUCACUACUAUUGUAAUUGGACCUGUACUUGGACGUGGACAAACCAAUACUUGGACCUCUAGUUAGACCUGUCCAUGUCUCCUCCUGGACCAGUCCAAACUCUACUCCUGGACCAGUCCAAACUCUACUCCUGGACCAGUCCAAACUCUACUCCUGGACCAGUCCAAGCUACUCCUGGACCAGUCCAUACUCUACUCCUGGACCAGUACAAACUACUCCUGGACCAGUCCAUACUCUACUCCUGGACCAGUACAAACUACUCCUGGACCAGUCCAUAGUCUACUCCUGGACCAGUCCAUAGUCUACUCCUGGACCAGUCCAUAGUCUACUCCUGGACCAGUCCAUACUCUACUCCUGGACCAAUCUGUACUUUCCCUGUCUGUCUUCAGACUAAGGACGGAGACCUGGUCAAAGGCAUGCCCAGGCGAAGUUUGGCUGUUACUGUGAGGGCGGCCAUUUACAUUAUGCACCAAACAUCAGUGGAGCUCAAUGCUGCAUGGAUCAAAACAGAGGGCAUCGUGCAAGCACAGUGACCGCACUGAUGCCAGCGUUUGUCAUUCUACCUGUGUUUGCCUCGGACACAGUAUUCAGCUGAUUUACUUUGGUCUUUUUCCAUAAGGGAAUUAUUAGAUGUUUUCUGUUACAUCACAUGCAGGUUUAGUAUGGCAAGGAUUCAACAAAAUGACGGCUCUUCAUGAUUAACAUUGAUUUAGUGGAUUUUGCAGUAUGUGGUCAACAGGUAGUGAUGUUAAAUAAGGCAAAGUCUUAUAUACUAUUCACUGGUUUCACCAUUUCUCUUUUCUCUCCACAGGUAGAGUAUGUUUGGUUCCGUCCAGACUCAAAGGACCCAAUGACAUAUAGGAUAAAAAACUCCAAUGCCAACUAACAAGGACUAAGCAAACUGAACCGCAUGUCUGUGCGUCACCAACACCUCUUCAUUACCAUGGUCUUCAUCACCCUCUCCUCUUGUGCUGAGUUUUUUCCCCUUUGAGCCAACCUAGUGAGAACUGAAUUAAACAGACAGACUGAAAGAAAGAAAAAUGCUCAUAACUGGGGACUCACCUUCUUCUGUGUUCUCUGUCACUUUUUAUUUGGCUUUAUCUUUUGUAACUGUACAUAACGCAAUUCCAAAUCUUAUAGUUUUGUACAUGUAAUUUUUAUGGUGUGUGAAAUUUUUUAUAAUAAAACCAAAAUGUGG